CGAUUACAAAAUGGUGUUUAAAAAAUGCUGACAAAACUAUUAUUUAGCACGCAAAUUGUGUUGAGGCAACAUGAAAAGCUACAAUUCACGCGGUACCUUGCCAUGAAAGCCGCUGCACCGAAAAUAUUGGAACUGCAGCCGGUCCACAUCGAGGAGGCCAUUAAAUUGGAGCCCACACUAUCUGGAAAAUGUGAACUUUCUGCGCAUUGUUACCGGCAAUCCGGCCAAUCCGCCAAGACAAACGUGGGAUUGAUGAGUGAACUAGAUCAGGCUGUGUCCGCCAUAACCGGGAGGAGUCACAGGAGGCGCCGCCAACCGAAGAAAAAGUACUGCCGCUGCCCAACAACCGAUGAGAAUUCCAUUUCCAUUGACACUGGAUGAAAUGCUGGACAGCAAAUUGAUAAAUUAGAUUCUGACAAACUUUGAUGAAAGUGCGCUGGACCACCGCUGGA